AUGGAGACUCGGAUCCUCAAAGUGCCGCUCGCCGGCAAGGACGACGCCGUGCUCGGCCGCUGGGCGACUGCGCCCGACGGCACACCGGACCUCAACACCUGGGAGGUGCCCUCCCCACCACCGCCGCCGUCCGCCGACCCCCUGGCGCCGCUGCGCGAAGCCGCCCACCUCCUGCGCACCACUCCGGUGCCAGUGGCCUUUCCCACCGAGACGGUCUACGGCCUCGGCGCCGAUGCCACGCGCUCCGACGCCGUCAGGGGCAUCUUCGCCGCCAAGGGCCGCCCGGCCGACAACCCGCUGAUCGUGCACAUCAGUGACCUGUCGAUGCUGCGACGCCUGCUCACACCAUCACCGCCGCAGCAGCAACAAGAACACCAACCAGCGCCGCAACCCGUAUCAUCUCCAUCAUCCCCAUCACCCCAAUCCCACUCCCAACCGCUAUUCACCGCCGACGACCCAAUCCCCGCCAUCUACCACCCGCUAAUCACCCGCUUCUGGCCGGGCCCGCUAACCAUCCUCCUACCCCGCCCGACCCCAUCCCCACUAGCGCCGGAAGUGACCGCAUCGCAGCCGACCUUCGGCGCGCGACUGCCGGCCUCGGCGCUGGCGCGCACGCUGAUCGCGCUGGCGGGCGCCCCCCUGGCGGCGCCGUCGGCCAACGCGUCGACGCGGCCGAGCCCGACGGCGGCGCGGCACGUGCGCGACGACCUGCGCGGGCGCGUCGCGCUGGUGCUGGACGGCGGCGCCUGCGCCGUCGGCGUCGAGUCCACCGUCGUCGACGGCCUGUGUGUCCCGCCCGCCGUGCUGCGGCCGGGUGGUGUUGGGAUUGAGGAGUUGCGGAGCUGUCCCGGGUGGGAGGGCGUUGUCAAGGCUUAUGAGGAUCGCGAGCACGCGGUGGUGGAUGGGGCGGCGGCGGCGCCGAGGGCGCCCGGGAUGAAGUAUAAGCAUUAUAGUCCGCGGGCGAGGGUGGUGUUGUUUGAGGCUGGGGGACGGGGUCGGAAGGGGGUGGUUGGGCCCGCGGAUGAUGCUGGUGAGUUGGGGAAGACGGUGGGGGUGAUUAGAACGGGCGGUUGGGAUGUUGCGGGGGGGUUGAGGUGUGCUGGGUUGCGGGAGGUAGCGGCGGAUGGGGAGGGAGAUCCGGGGUUUGUGGUGAGGGAGGGGGCGCUGCUCGGUGCGGACGGGACGGAGAUGGGUUGUCGGCUACUGGAUGUCGAUCUGGGCGAGGAUGUGAGGGCGGUGGCGCACGGCCUGUUUGCGGCGCUGCGAGAGCUGGACAGCCUGGGCGCCGAUGUCAUCUUCGUGGAAGGAGUCAGCGACGGCGACGACAUUGCCGCGGCGGUCAUGAACAGGCUGAGAAAGGCGGCAUCGGAAAUCAGGGCUUAG